UUAUCCAUGGAGACCGCCGUCUGCCAACAUGGACUCCAAUGUGGUGAAGUGGCUCUUCCUCCCUGAUCACCUGACACCACCAAACCCGCUCUUCCUCCUCUAUGACUUCAUGCUCCUCCUCGGGGCCUCGCUGCAGCUGCAGGUCUUUGAGGACGAGCUCCAGCCCUCCGUCCAGAUCCUCGCAGGAGACAACCAUGAGCUGGAUGAGGACGAUGGACAGGUCUCCGACCCAGUCAGACAACUCCGUCUCAACACAGGCCCUGACUUCAUGUUGUGCAGGUCCUACCUGGACAUGAUGAAAGUGAUGGUCUUCAGCUACAUGUUCUGGUUCGUCCUCACCGUCAUCUUCAUCACCGGGACGACCAGGAUCAGUAUCUUCUGUAUGGGCUACCUAGUAGCGUGUUUCUACUUCCUGUUGGUGGGCGGAGACCUGCUGCUGAAACCAGUCCGAUCCAUCCUGCUUUACUGGGACUGUCUGAUUGGAUACAACAUUUUCGUCAUCACCAUGAAGAACAUCCUGUCGGUCCUGGCCUGCGGCUUCAUUAAGUCUCUGGUGUUGAAUCACUGUUGGCUGAUUCAGCUCUUCAGUCUGGCCUGCACCAUCAAAGGAUACACCAAACCGGAGCAGCAGAGCAGUAAACAAUGCGAGUUGCCGAGCGACGAGGCGGGAAUCAUCUGGGAUGGCGUGUGUUUCUGUUUCCUGUUGCUGCAGCGGCGAGUCUUCAGGAGUCACUACUUCCUGUAUGUGGUCCUGGACCUCCAAAACACACAACUACUGGCCUCAAGGGGGGCAGAGCUCUUUGAGGCGUCCACAGUGAAGGCUGUCCGAGCGAGACUGGAAGUGGAGAAGACGUCCAUGAACCUGCUGAAAAGACAGAUGGAGAGGAUCAAAUCCCGACAGCAGAAGUUCCGCCGAGGAAAAGAGAAGAUGUUGAGUUUGACCCAAGACAACUUCCAUACUGACGGCCAGGACAACAGAAAGCAGCCGCAGAAGAAGUGGUGGCAGCCCUGGGUAAACCACUCCUCCAUGGUGAGGAGUGGAGACUACUACCUGUUUGAGACGGACAGCGAGGAGGAGGACGAGACGAAGGAGGAUGAGGAGACGAAAGAGGAACAGCUACCUGAGAAAUCAGCCUUCCAGUUUGUGUAUCACGCCUGGAUCACAGACUCCAGAACAGCGAUGAGAGCUCGAAGCAACCAGAAGAAACUGUGGAAGAAGAACUCAUCUGAGCGAAGGAGCAGGAAGGAAGAGAAGAGAGGAGGAGUCAUGGAGGUGACAGAGGAGACGGAGGACGAUAGAGAAGACGAGGACAGAGAGGAGGGACCAGAGACGGUUCUGCAUCGGUUCUCCAACACAUUGCGGUUCUGCUGGGUUCUUCUGUCGGCACUGUUGGAUUCUCUGACCACCUGGCUCGGUGGUCUGUGUCAGGAACACAUCGACAUCUCCACCGUCCUCCGCAUUGAGCGCUGCAUGCUAACACAGCAGGCCAAGCAGGGUAACGUUCCCACCAGGGAGGCAAUCCAUGUUUACUACCAAGAACAGAUGUUGAAAACCUCCAGAGAGUCCGGCCUGAACUACAGUACCCACAAGGCUGAGGGGCAGACCUCAGCAGAGAUUGGGAGGGAAGAAGAAGAGGCAGCAAGUCCAGACAUUGAAGAAAAUGAAACAGGAGGUCAGAGACCAGACAGGAAACCAGAGCCUGAACCAGGAGGAGAUUAUCCAGGUAAAAUACGACCAGUUCCAGGAGAUCCUCCAAACACAGAAGCAGAACCAGAACCAGGUGGACAAAGCUCUGAUGAAAUAGAACCAGAGCCAGGACCAGAAUCAGAAGAAGAUUAUCCUCAUAUACCAGGACAAGGACCUGUUUCAGAAGGAGAUCCACAGCACAGAGGACCAGAACCAGGAGGAGACCAUCUGGUUGAACCAGCUGAGUCUUCAGGAGUGAAACCAGUGACGGGGACAGCAGACGGUGACCCAGAAUGCCUGGUGACUAAAACCAGCCAAAGACAGAGACCCAAACUGUCCAGGAUGGAGAGAGUCCAGACAUCAUCAUCCUCAGAGGAGGACAGCAGGAGCAGGAGGAGCAGUGCCGAGGAAACAAACCAGCAGCUUCCUGCUGACACUCAGCCAACUCACACCAGCACCUCCUUCCCCACCUCCCCCUGCUCCCUGCUCCUCCCCCCCUCCUACAGCCUGGCUCUGGGCCUGGACCUGCAGCAGGAGGAAGAGGGAUUCAGGAGGCAGCAGCUGGCCCAGACUCUGGGGGAGACGAGUGACUUCCUGUGCGACUCCGCCUCCAAUUCCUGUCCACCGGUGUCCUGCACUCAGGAGCUGACAGCCAGUGAGCUGCUGAGGAACAGAACUUUCUACGACGAGGAGCUGGAGGCAUCAGACCGGUUCUUCAGCGAGCAGCACCAGCUGCUCCAGCUGUGCUACGCCAUCUACAACAUCCUUGCAGCCAGGUCGGAGACGGUGUGUUACCUCGUCAUCGUGUUGAACCACAUGGUGUCUGCCAGCUGUCUGACAUUGGUCCUUCCUGUUCUGGUGUUUUUGUGGGCGACGCUCUCCGUUCCUCGACCCAGCAAGACCUUCUGGAUGACAGCCAUCAUCUAUACAGAGGUCACCAUCGUCAUCAAGUAUUUCUUCCAGUUUGGUUUCUUUCCUUUCAACCAGAAACUGGAGGUGGACCGCUCCAAACCCUUUCACCCCCCCAACAUCCUGGGGGUGGAGAAGAAGGAAGGCUACGUACUGUAUGACCUGCUGCAGCUACUCGCUUUGUUCUACCACCGAGCCAUACUCAAGUGCCAUGGACUGUGGGACCAGAACGUUGCCUUGGAGACUGACACUCUCCAUCACCAAGACAACCAGGGUGACCAUAGUCGCACUGCGACCUCCGUUGAUCCAAGCGACCCCAGCAGCACGCUGCGGCGGCGAGGCAGGAGACAUACGCGGUCCAGCUCCACCCAGCACUGCUCUCCUGCAGGCAGUGUGAGCUCCGGAGCUCAGCCACUCGGCAGGUUCGACCUGCUGCUGGAGAAACUCCGAGAACUCUUCAUCAGAGCCAAGAAGUACUUGGUCAGCAGGUGUCUGUCUCUCUACCAUCCCGUCCAUCACUUCUUCAGAGCUCUUGUCCAACCAGAGUACAGUGCCGUCACUGACGUUUAUGUCCUCAUGUUCCUCGCUGACACUGUCGACUUCAUUAUUAUCGUCUUCGGCUUCUGGGCCUUCGGAAAACACUCUGCAGCUGCUGACAUCACUUCCUCCCUCUCAGAGGACCAAGUUCCUGAAGCUUUCCUGGUGAUGGUUCUGAUCCAGUUUGGAACCAUGGUGAUAGACAGGGCUCUGUAUCUGAGGAAGACAGUUUUGGGGAAGUUGGUCUUCCAGGUGAUUUUGGUGUUUGGGAUUCACUUCUGGAUGUUCUUCAUCUUGCCGACAGUGACGGAGAGGCGUUUCAAUCAGAACCUGGUGGCUCAGCUCUGGUACUUUGUGAAGUGCAUGUACUUCAGUCUGUCAGCCUAUCAGAUUCGAUCUGGUUACCCAACUCGAGUUCUGGGAAACUUCCUGACCAAGAGCUACAACUACCUCAACCUCUUCCUGUUCCAGGGUUUUCGUCUGGUCCCCUUCCUGACAGAGCUGAGAGCGGUGAUGGACUGGGUGUGGACAGACACCACUCUGUCUCUGUCCUCCUGGAUCUGUGUGGAGGAUGUCUACGCCCACUGCUUUGUCUUAAAGUGCUGGAGAGAGUCAGAAAAGAGGUACCCACAGCCUCGCGGUCAGAAGAAGAAGCGUGUGGUGAAGUAUGGGAUGGGUGGUCUGAUCGUGCUGCUGCUGAUCUGUAUCGUCUGGUUUCCACUGCUCUUCAUGUCGCUUAUUAAGUCCGUCGCCGGAGUCGUCAACCGGCCGCUUGACGUCUCUCUGACCAUCACGCUGGGUGGCUUCCAGCCGAUCUUCACGAUGAGCGCACAGCAGAAUCAGCUGAGAGAUCUGACGGAGGACGACUUCAGCUUCCUGACCAGCAGCUACAGCUACACACCGAGUGCCUUGCAGUUUCUCGAGGCGUAUGGUCAUGAGGACGUGACAGUGGCAGAGCUGCAGGGCAGCAGUAAUUCCCUGUGGACCAUUAGUCCUCCCAGCAGGCAGUACCUGAGCCAGGUGCUCAGCCUGGACCACUUCCCCCUGACUGUGUCUUGGACCAUUCAGAGAAACUUGAGUCUGGGGGCGAAGGCGGAGCUUGCCUCAGGUAAACAUGUGACCUACCUGGACGAUCAGACUCGCCUGGAGCUGAUCCAGCUGCUGAACGGGACCAGGACAAUUCCCGUGGUGAUACAGGAGGUGUUUCCAUGUUUUAUUCGAGCGCCCAGCGACUCCAAUGCCAAACCCAUCGAGCAGCUUUACACAGAUAACCGCUACAAGGACAUCCUGCUGGCCCUGGAGCGGUUGACCAAUCAGAGCCGAGAUAUCCAGGACUGGUGGAUUGUUGACCAACCAACUGCCAGCCUGGUGCCAAUUGUUGGCGGGGCUUCACUGAGUGACAGGAGGGAGGCGGGGCUUCAGCUGUUUGUGUUCAGUGAUAAAGUCAGUCCUCCAAGUCUGGGCUUCCUGGCUGGAUAUGGCAUCAUGGGCCUGUACGCGUCUGUGGUUCUGGUGAUCGGGAAGUUUGUCCGUGAGUUCUUCAGUGGGAUUAGUCACUCCAUCAUGUUCGAGGAGCUGCCGAGUGUCGACCGCAUCCUUAAACUCUGCACAGACAUCUUCCUGGUGAGAGAGACAGGUGAGCUGGAGUUGGAGGAGGAGCUUUAUGCCAAACUCAUCUUCCUGUAUCGAUCACCGGAGACUCUGAUCAAGUGGACACGACGUUGACCUCAUCGAUCAAUACACUUUUGAUCAUGGACAUUCGUUAUUGUGAUCAUCAUCACUGACAGAGCAUGUGGUUCCUCAAACGUUCUCCAGAUGUUAUACAGAAAACCUCCGGAGAAUGUUCUCCAAAUGUUGCAUUCGAGAACGAAGGAACCUUCAGUGAAACGGGAACAUUUACUGACUCUGAUUUUGAAGGCUCUGAGAAACAGGAAAUGAUGCAUGGUGCCGCAGGAGGUGGAGCUAACCUGGUGUUGAAAUGUGUGUAAUUAUGAAGUAUAGAUCAGUAUUGAUCACUGAUGACUGCAGGGAAAUGUCACAUCGUGGAGAACCUGGAAUUCUUUACUGCACCUUUUAUGCAAAGGUCCUGGAUAACAAGGGGUCAGGCAGCCAUGAUGAUUGGUGGUAAAGUAACAUGAAGCCCUGCCCACUCGAGAGUGACUGGAUGCUGUUGAUGACAUGUCGACUGACAGGCGUUUGAAUAUAGGGAGUUUUGAUUUUAUUUCCUUAUUUUUAUUUAUUUUUCUAUGAUGUUUAAAGGACGAGCUGCAGUAUUUCUUUUUACACAUUAGCUUUGCAUUAACUAAACAGAAUACGGUCUUGAUAUCGGCGGCAGUGAGAGUGCAAAGCAUUGUGAGACUUUGUGGCGACUGGCAGGUGGCAGUAAUGCACCAAAACAGUGGUAGCCAACUGCCAAUUAGCCUCAAAGGAGACAGAGAUGACGCGGCUGAGUUUGAAAAGCACCGCCAAAACGUUCUCAGAAAUGUGACGCUGACGGAGUUCAAUCUUUUUAUUUUAGUUUUCCAGCACAAACAACUGAUCUCAAGUCGUCGACUUGCCAAAAAGGAGUCACAUGGCAUCAUGAGAAUCUGCAGUAAGACAAACAUUCAACAACAUUUUCAGGCGCAUGUUUGUGUGUUCACUUUCACAAAGGUGAGUUCAGUCAACACAAGCUUCACUGUGACGCAGUCACUCCACUGCAGCUCUGCCGGCGUUUACUGUGUUUGUUACUCGUUUCAAACAAAUGAUUAAAAAAACAACCAAUAACAACGGACUGAAACCCCAUCUGGUGACGAGAUGAGAUCUUGUCAUGAUGAGAAAAUAUGUCAAUAUUAUGAGAUCCUAAUCAGGUCAUUACAGAAUCUUGUGACUUUGGGCAGACCAAUAAAUAACUGUUUACUCGAUGCAACAAUGUUAGCUUUUUUUCCACUGAACAAAUUAAACACACCUCGUUUUGAUUGUUUUUUGUGCUUCUUAUAUUUUAUAUUGAUAUAGUUAAUAUAAUUUAAGUUUUUUUUAAAAGAUGAUAAACAAGAGGCUGCAGGGUCUAGAGUGAACACCUGUCAAUUUUCCAACUUGAAACUAAAUUCACUGCAGUAUCAUAACAAGCUCUCAAAAUUAGAUCUUUUCUUGUUAUUAUAAUUUUUCAUGAAAUGAGAUGCAUUUCCGUCCCCUCCGUGUUUACAGCUAACGUUAAUUACUGCAACAGGAACUGCUGAAUGAUUUUUUUUCUAAGGUGACUUAACUUUGUGUGAAUGACGAUGUUGUGGUCAUUUCCUCUGAAAAUCUGCAGGUCCUGCAGCCGUCUAUUUGUGAACUGAAGAUGUACCUCAAAAGGUUUAUAAUUUCUGGACUGCUGAAACGUGUCGGUGCUCCGCUCGUAAGUUGGCCUGACUGCUCUAAGUCGUAUUACGUUGCUUUCUCCUCAGCAUCUCUGAGUAUGUUGCUCUUGCUCUUUGAUUGGUCCAUUGUUGUUUUCCAUCUCCCUUGGAGGGCGUAUCCUAAAGUAUGACCAGAAUGCAUUGCACCACAACGGAGUUGCCUGUUCUCUAUACAUUAGCUUUAUGUUAGCUUGAAUUAGCUCAGUGUUGGCUUUAGUCUAGGUUUUUGUUGUAUUUUUUUUUAACCAUUUUUUAAUCAAACAAUAGUUUAGACUUUUCCCAAACAGCUUUUUCUGUUAAAGUUUAAAUUCUCAAAAUAAAGACUUCACUGUUGUCAAAAGUGGUUAACCCUUUGAAACCUGCACGAUUUGGCUUGAUUUAAAAACAAACAAACAAACAAACAAACAAACAAACAAAAAAAAUCCACGGUAAGAAGGUAAUGACCAUCUGAAAAAGAAAGGCAAGAAACCAGUAAAAAGUACAAGAAAAUUACCUGAUUCUGCAGCAUUAUUUUUUAAAGAGUUUAACAGCUUCACUUUUUCUCUAAAUGUAACCUUCGUGUGUUGAUUUUGUGUCGGCUAAAAUCAGCACUUAAUUAGCUCCAUGGUACAUUAGCUCAAUGUUAGCGCUUCGUUAGCAUGAAGUAAAGUGUACUUUGCUCUAUAUUAGCUUCAUGUCGGUUGUAUUUUAGCUCUACUUCAUCUUUAAAUUAGCACUAUGUGAACUCUAUAUUGGUGCUGCAUCAGCUUUCAUUAGCUAAAUUAGCUCCACGCCAGCUCUUAGCUUAGCUUAGCAUAAUAUUAGCUAUGGGUAAGUUCUGUGUGAGCUGUAUUUUUGCGCUGUGUGUGCUUCAUGUCAGAUCCACGUUAGCGCUGGUUUUCGACUCACUCAGCCUGUGGUCAUUGUUAUCAGAGCUAAGGUACCUCUGUGAAACAGCUGACAGCAGAGUGAUGGAGGUGUCCAUCAGUGCUGGUUCAGCAAACCAGUUGGCAAAAUAACGGAAAUCAUUAAGUGUUAAAGUGACAACAUGACACUGGAAUUAUGUAAUCCAUGUCGCCCCCUAUUGACAGAAAACUGUAACUAAAUGCAAAUAUUUCAAACAAAUAUAAGAAUACUGGUGAGAUUGUGUUGUGAUGAAUCUUUAUUGUCUGACUGAUAGUAUCUGUUAACUGUCUUGUGAAUAUUGGAACCAAAACAU